CCUGCAGAGAGUCGGAUGUGAUGUGCUGAAAUGGAUUGUGUUGCUAAAUAACUUUAGUCAACAACGCAUUUAGCUACACACCAAAUAGCCUGGUGGUUUGCACGUGUCGAUCCUGAGCCAUGGCGAAAGAACGGGUCCAGAAGAAGUCCUUCCAGCAGAGUCUGGAGGACAUUAAGGAGAGGAUGAAGGAAAAGAGGAACAAACGGCUGGCUCGUGCUUCAGCCCCCAGAAGAGUACGGUCCAAAAUUAUAAACAACAGCAGUGUGGUUAACUCCAUUCACACCAUCCUGAAGGGUGUCCAGCUGAACAACAAGGAGCUGGCUGUUGCCCUGCAAGUUGAGAAGGAAAAGGGGAGACAGGCUAAUGCAGUGAUCCUGCAGCUGAAAAGGGAGCAACAGGCACUGUUUCUUCACCUACUUCUGUUCAAGAAGAAGCUCAAGGAGCAGGAGGCUCUCGCAGUGAGUGCUGCAGAGAAUAAAGCUCCAAACGUCCUUGUGGAACCCAAACACCAUGUGGAUUCAGCGAGGAGAAAGUGGUCCAGCCAGAACCUUGAUAAGCCCAUUGUGUCCAAAUCCUCACCAAUUUGUGCAGACCUUCCGCCUUCUGAAAAGAAUAAACAAUCUGACAGGCAGAUGCUGCUGCCAUCUACGGUGAGUGUGAGACGUCGCCAUGCAGAUCGAAGCAGCAGCAGCAGGAGGAGGUCUGACCGUGUGCAAGAAAGGAAGUCGUUGAGUGAGGGUGACCCCAUCACAGGCUUGGGUACUUUGAUAGCAAGUCCUAUUCGCAGUGACUACGAAAAUACAAAUAAGCCACAGCGAGGAGCAGAAACAGAUGUAGUGGAGCCCGUUGGAACUGAGGAUUUUCUCCAUUCUACUCCCGAACCUGUCCCGCCCAAAAACAGCAACAACCAGCAGCGGCCCAGCAGAAAAAAAAUCCAGCAGCAGCCCCGAACCAAACCAGAAGCUGCUCCACAGAAAGCAGAGAGAGGCCGCAAACCAGACCGGGCCCCAUUGAAGAAACCUUGGGAGAAUCACAAACCCAGAACUCGCUCCAAGAGUCGAGACCGCUCAGCCACACGGGCCCAAACAGCAGUUCCGUCACAGGGCAAUAAGCUCAACAGCUCACUGGGUUUUAAUGACACAUUUGACUUUGAUUGUGAGGAGGCGGUUCACCUCACACCGUUUAGGGCCAAGGCAGAGGACACUCAGUCGUCCACGCCCAUCGGCGAAGAGACUCCUCAAACUGAGGCUACAGAUGUGGUUUCCAAACAGAUUGAAUCCAGCUCGUCAUCACCAGCUUCUGAAUCCGAGGACAGCCUUUAUGUCCCUCAGAAGAGCAGACGGGCACAGACUUCCCCCGACGAGACCAACGUGAUCACCACUCGUAGAGGCCGGCACUCUAAAGUCGUCAGACAGAAAGAAAUCAUCCCUCCAAAACAAGGGAACUCUGUCUUCAGAGAUGAGGAUUCAAGUCCUAAGGCUGUAGAGCCUGAAAAGACGGAAGCUCAUUACUCCCCUGACUCCAGCUUCUCUAACAGUCCUGACUCAGCGUUGUUGAGACGGGAAAGUCACCACGAGCCUCCAAGAGGGGUUAAGGAGAAGGAUUGUUUGCUGCCUGUCAGCCCUCUGGUUGAAGUGGAGAUGAUGAGAAUAGACAAUGUCCUGUCUAAUUUCGGCGACUCCUCUGGUGAAGCUCCUCCUCUUUUACCUCACCAAACACCCCAGAGGAUCAAGAUGUGCAAGAAACGUGGGCUUGGUGUAAGGACAGCAGGGCGGGGCUUGAGUCUGUGUGAUGUGACCAAUCUGUCCCCUGCAGCCUAUCGCAAAUUCUCCCAUGGUGGCUCACGGCCGUCCGAUGCCCGAUGCGGCACCCCCGUUCCUGCUCGCAAGCGGCGCUGCACCAUGGUGGUGGACUACAAGGAACCCACGCUAAAUGCGAAACUUCGGCGUGGAGACAAGUUCACAGACGUGCAGUUCCUCUGCUCUCCUAUUUUCAAGCAAAAGUCUGGCAGGAGGUCUGUGCAGAAAUCAAGGAAUUCAAUUAGCAGCCAGCAGCCAUUUGAUAAAUACAAUGAGUCAUUUGUUGGAUGUCGCUGAAUGCAGCUACCUUGUGGAGUUUUGGCUGGUAUUGUCCGUUUUAAUGUGAUUUCUUAGGUUUGACUGACAAGUUUGUUUUUUUUAACUCUCAAUAUUGUAUUUUUUUUUUUAUUAUUAUUUGAUGAAAAACUGUGAUCAGUAGAGCUUAAUUGUUGGCUGCAAAGCUUACGUCUGGCUUUUCUCCUCAUGAUCUCUAUGUAAAUGUAUUAAUGGUUAUUUUAUGAAGAUGGCUAAUUCUAUUUGUCAGCAUCUUUAGUUCUAUUUUUAUUAUAUCCUGAAUUACUUCAUAUUAUUGUCAUUUAAUAUAUUUUAAUGUUUCAUUAAUUGUAAUAUUCUACUGUAUU